AUGGAAACCUCAUCUCUGCUGUCAUCUUUGCAUGAUGAAUGCAGAUCAGACAACUACCUUGAGCCACACUACAAAGAAUGUUACAGGCUCGCCAUUGAUGCACUAAUUGAAGGUGGUGCAGAGGCUUACCAAGAAUUCCUUGCCAAGGAGAGAUGUCCAGAAUUUCUAGCGGAUGCUGAGAUUAGUUACAUCUUGAACACGAUUCAGAAAAUCCCCCAAAACACAGCGUAUGGUUCUGACAGCCCUGUGGAUGAUGCCUCCUCCUCAGGAACAUAUUGGCCCAUGGAGUCAGAUGUGGAGGCGCCUAAUCUGGACUUGGGUUGGCCUUACAUAAUGCAUGGAAUUUCUGGCAGUACAAAUAUUGAGCUGCUCUUCCAUCCUCCACGAAUACAACCUUAUACAAUAAAGGAAACUAUUAGGAAAAUGGUGAAAGAAGCACGGAAGGUUAUUGCCAUAGUUAUGGAUAUAUUUACAGAUGUGGAUAUUUUCAAAGAAAUUGUAGAAGCAUCCACCAGGGGAAUUUCAGUAUAUCUUCUGCUAGAUGAAUCUAACUUCAGCCACUUUCUUAAGAUGACAGAGAAACAGGGCUUUCAAGUCCAAAGGCUCAGGAACAUGCGAGUGCGCACAGUAAAAGGACAGGAAUAUUUCUCUAAGUCAGGGGCAAAAUUCCAUGGAAAAAUGGAACAAAAAUUCCUUCUUGUGGACUGUAAGAAAGUGAUGUACGGUACCUAUAGCUUUAUGUGGUCAUUUGAAAAAGCCAACCUCAGCAUGGUCCAGGUCAUCACAGGACAACUUGUUGAAUCAUUUGAUGAAGAGUUUAGGACACUCUAUGCCCGUUCUUCUGUUCCAAGUUCAUUUGCUCCAGAAUUGGUUAGGAUUAAUAGUCGUUCAGCACUCUGGCAGAACAACAUAUACCAGCAUUCACAGUCCUCCUUAGCUUCAGCUUCUAGCCAGCGUAACCUUUUUGGGAGACAAGACAAGAUUCACAACUUUGAUCCCAGCUUUCUGAAACCCCGAGGAGCUGGCAGAUAUGGAAUAAAUGACAAUGACAAGUUUGGUCCUAGAAACCAGAUCUUCCCCAAAAUACCUUUUGCUCCAGGUUUUCAUAUGCAGAAUAGAAUCCAACAGUAUCAGCCUAAUGAAAUAAACGAACAUUGGAAAAGACACAGUUAUGCAGGGGAAAAACCAGAAAUGACUCCAUAUUUACUGUUCAACAGAGCAAUAAAUCGGGCAAAUAAUCCACCAAAUACUUGGAAAGUACCAUCUGAAAGUCUCAGUAUUGUAUCUUCAUUGCAUGGAAGCUAUAAAAAUCACAAUGCCCCUCAACAGAGGUUAGCUCAACAGCUAGCACAGCCAAAGCUCAAUAUUGUGGAUAGGAAUUCCAUUGUACGGAGAUCUUUCAAUGGAACAGACAGUCACAUCCGCUAUUUGCAGCAGAAGAUGCCCACACUUGAGCGCACCACAAAAUCUUUUCUGCGUAACUGGCGUAUUGAGUCGUACUUAAACGAUCAGUCGGAUUUUCCAGCAGAUGCAAAUGGCUCAGGGAUAGGUGACAGGUGUGAAGGCUAUGAUGCAGCAGAAAACAUCAAAGCCCAUGCUCUUUACACCCAUUCCCGCCUGCGUUCUUCAUUUGUUUUUAAGCCAACCUUGCCAGAACAGAAAGAAGUCAACAGCUGUACUAGCUCUUCAAAUUCAACUAUUAUUGGUUCAGAUGGAAGUGAAACACCUAAAGGAACCCCCAACCAUCUUCCUAAACUAAAAGAUGCCGUUGGUGACACCAAGGCCGAACCAAGCACUAAAAUCCCACUAGAACCUGCUGUAGUAAAAAGCCAUAACCUGCAAAUCUCAGAAGAUAAGAAGCCUAGUGUCACUCCACCGAGUACAAACAAACCAAUUGAAUUUAUAAAGAAUGAAAAUAUACUGAAAAGGAGAAGUUUCCCAAUGUUUGAAAAUCCAAAAUAUACAUUGGAUCAUGGAAAUAACAAAGACGGAGCAAGCUGUGUCUACGGCACGCUAAACAGGAAUAGGGUUAGGCAACCAACGGUGCUAAAGCCACUGCUGGAAGACAGCUUGAAAAACUCUAAAAGCUUAAGUAAUGUGAUGAACCACCUGGAGCAUGACAGUAAAAACCUCAAAGGUGAGCUGGAAAGUGCCCCCACCGCCAAGGCCACCUCUGUAGCGGUGCUCACGGAGUGCUGCAAAGAGGAACCUGGCAAAGAUGCCUCACCGAAGAAAGAAAACAAGAAUUCCCCCAAUUUCUUGAAAAAGGGAUCUCAGAAAUUAAGGUCAUUGCUGAAUCUCACACCAGACAAGAAGGAAAGUUUGUCGAAAAACAAAGCCCCAGCUUUCUACAGGAUGUGUAGCAGUUCUGACACUUUGGCAUCAGAAAGUGAAGAAAAUCAAAAGCCCAAAAUGUCUGAGAUGAAAAUUGAUUGUUCUCCAAGAAGAAAAAGAACUUCCUCAUCUAAUUCACAGGGGAGCCUGCAUAAAAGUAAAGAGGAUGUUACAGUGAACCCCAAGUCUCCCAUAAAGCCUCCAUCUGAUGAGAACAUUAAAAGGUCUCCUGCUACAAAGCCCAGGGAAAAUAUGUUGCUAGAAGUACCUCCAGGCGAUGCUUCUGCUCCCAGAUUCAACACUGAACAAAUUCAGUACCAGGAUGUCAGAGAGCUGCGUAAAAAAGCAAGCCACGAGAGGGUACCCCCACCUUCUCCCCCUCCUAACGAUGAGCUGAUGAGGCCUCGCUUGAACGAAAGGCGUGUUUACAGCCGCUUUGAGCCUUUUUGCAAAAUGGAAGGCUCUGCUCAGCCACUGGGAACACCACCUGGAAGCAACUCCCCAAAAAGCAGUGCCCAGCUUUCAGAGACAAAUAGCAAGACCUCCAGAAAUAAUUAUAUGAGGAGCAAUCAGGUGGCUAAUUACAACCCUGGUGUAUACCAUCCAUUGCAUCCAAAUGAAAACAAGUUUCGCGGCAUUAUGCAAAAAUUUGGAAAUUUUAUAUACAAAAACAAAUGA